AUGUACACUCGUCUUUUUGCUGCGCUUUGCGCUCUUGCGACCACUGCGAAUGCCGUCACCACCAUCGAGGUGAAGGGCAAGGACUUUGUCAACAGCAAGACCGGUGAUCGUUUCCAGAUCCUGGGUGUCGAUUACCAACCCGGCGGUUCUUCCGGCUUCAAGAAGGACAAGGACCCUCUCAGCGACAAGGACGCAUGCUUGCGUGAUGCCGCUCUCAUGCAGCGCUUGGGUGUGAACACCAUCCGUGUCUACAACUUGGCGCCCAGCCUCAACCAUGACGACUGUGCUUCCAUCUUCAACGCGGCCGGCAUCUACAUGAUCCUGGAUGUCAACUCCCCUCUGUACGGCAGCUACAUUGACCGUACCGCCCCCAAGAGCAGCUACAACGCCGUCUACUACGAACAGGUCUUCGGUGUGAUCGAGGCCUUCAAGAACUACCCCAACACCCUCGGUUUCUUCGCCGGUAACGAGGUGAUCAACGAGCAGAGUGUCAAGGAGGUUGCCGCUUACAUCCGUGCCGUCCAGCGUGACAUGAAGGACUAUAUCAAGAAGAACGUUGACCGCUCCAUCCCUGUGGGUUACUCCGCCGCUGAUAUCCGUCCCUGGUUGAUGGAUACUCUGAACUACUUCAUGUGCGAGGACUCGGACUCGCCCAGCUCCCAGUCUGACUUCUUCGGUCUCAACUCCUACUCGUGGUGCGGUGACUCGUCCUACACCAAGUCCGGUUACGACUACGGCUGCAACGAAGUGACUCCUCGUGUCUUCACCGAGGUGCAGGCCAUCUACGGCGAGGAGAUGACCCAGGCCUUCUCCGGUGGUCUGGUCUACGAGUACACCCAGGAGGCCAACAACUACGGUCUCGUCAAGCUCAACGACAGCGACACUGCCACUUUGCUCGUCGACUUUGAGAAUCUGCAGAAGCAGUAUGCUAAGCUCGACAUGAAGCGUAUCCAGGCCUCCAACUCGACCCAGACUUCCUUCAAGGCCCCCAAGUGCAGCUCUGACCUGAUCAAGAACGGUACCUUCCUGAGCAAGUUCGACCUGCCUUCCCGUCCCUCCAAGGUCCAGGACAUGAUCGACAACGGUCUGUCCAAGGCCAACACCGGCAAGUUAGUUGAAGUCUCCACGACCUCCAUCCCUCAGAAGAUCUACGACCAUGCUGGCAAGGAGGUCACCGGCAUCCAGCUGAAGGCCCUUUCCAGCGGCGAGUCCAACACCCCAAGCACCUCCGGAAGCUCCAGCUCUGACAGCGACUCCAACAACACCAAGGAAAGCGCAGCGGGCAAGAUGACCGCUUCCUUCAUGGGUCUGGUGGUCGGUGCCGUUGUGGCCGCGGUCUCCGUGCUGUAA